AUGAAAGAAUGUCAAACUCACCAAGAACGAUUUGAACAGGUUAAGGAUAAAGUUAUCAGCAAUAGGUGUCAAUAUGAAUACCAUUCAGAAAUACUGGAUAAAGCAAUGGCAGAUAUGAAUAAUGCCGAAUAUGAAAACUUUGACUCAGAGUUGAGGGGUCUGUAGAACAAAGGGCUCUCAAAAAAUCUCUGAUAACAGACAGAGGAUACACACAAAUAAGUCACCUUAAUAUAAAUGUACCACAGCUUAUUCAAUCUGCAGGUACCUUGGAGUCAUACUACAGUGAUGAUAAACCCAUCUUUAUUUCCUUACUAAGUGUUCACAAGCGACUUAAAAGAAACAAAAUUGAAAGUAUGUCCUGAAAAAUGCAUUUGACCUAUUUUUUUUUGAGUUUGUUGUUUGUUGCUCCAAAUGCAGAGCAUAUCAAUAAGCAGGACUGUGCUGUUAAGGAGAAGCAUAGUGAAUUAUUUGGUUGCUUUGAUCCUGGAAAAAACAAGGAGCAUAACCAGUAUGAUUUGCUUGAUGACCGGAAUCUUCCUUAG